AGCGGGCGAGCGCGCAAACGCUUGGCCCGGUGGUUGCGUGCGUGGUGCGAGGGCCGUGGGGCUCAGAGGUGACGUGGGGCUGGAGGCUCGCCCUAUGGCGCUGCCUGCGCUGGAGGGGAUUUCCGCUGCCUUCGCUUCCAAGCCUUGUUUGCCAUUUGGUGUCGGGAUCUCGUGGCGAUGCCAAGACCGGGCGGGAUGUUUGAAAGCGUCAGGGUCGGAUGCGGGCAGCUCUGGGCUGCCUGGUGCAGGAAUGCUGCCUCUCCAACUUGCCCAAGUGUUGUCCAAAGCCUUAGCACCGCUGGCUUUUAGGACAGAAAAUCCCACCUGCGCGUAUCAUAUUUCCCCAUGGAUUGGGCGUUGCCAUAGAGCUCGGAAAUACCUAAAGUCUCGCCUCACCUGAAGUCAGGGGGAUCCUGCCCUGAGUUUUAUCCCGGGGAUCCUACUCUGAGUUUUACCCCAGGGCUGGCCUGUAAUCCCUGCUGCUGCGAGGGAGCCCAGCGGAGCCGCGGCCCCGGGACACGUGGUUGCUGCUCCUGCGCUGGAAUUGCUGUCGCUGAAGUCAGCACUGCCCCGUAACAGGUUUUAAAAGAGAGUCAGCUUCUCAUCCAGUUCCUUCCCUAUAUUGUUUAUCAGAUUUUAUUUAGACUUGCUUGAUAAAGUCAAGCCUUACUAAACCCAUCACCUAAAGGCACGCUCUUAACAGCCUCUUUCUUUUACUUUUUCUCCCCUCUUCUUUUUAAUAAAAGAAAAGGGGAGGGGGAACUGAUCAGGACUGAUGGUGGCCCACGUGAUAAUCAUACGAUAUUGUGGCUGCAGUUCCUUCCUUUGCUCACCAAUGCUUCUUGCAUCAUGCCUGGACCUGGGCCACAGGCUCCUGAGGAGGAAUGCUGCUGGAUCUCUGUGUUUGCGGGAGCUCAAAUUCCAUCUGCGGAAAGUCGGGGGGGGGGGGAAACCCCCACUUUCAUCAGACUUGUGCCCUUGGAGCAGAGGCAUGUCGGGAGGCUUCUCUGGGAGCCGCUGCAGCAACACUGAAUAGGAGGGACAAGUUGGAUACCUUGGACCGAAGCAGGGGAGGGGAAGAGUUUUACCAAGACCAAGACAGCGGUCGCUGUUGCAAGAAGUGCCCCGCGGGCACCUACGUUGCAGAGCCCUGUAAAAAGCAAAAUGCCUCCAGCAAGUGUUUGCCAUGUAAAGAAAAUGAAUACAUCGAAUACCCAAACGACUUUCCCAAGUGCCUUGGCUGCCGGACGUGUAGGGAAGAUCAGGUGGAGCUGAGUCCCUGCCAAGCCGUCAGGGACACGCAGUGCGCCUGCAAGAACGGCACCUUCUGCUCCCCGGACCACCCCUGCGAGAUGUGCCAGAAGUGCCGGCCCCGGUGUCCCAAGGGCGAAGUGGAGCUGGCUCCCUGCACGCCGCACAGCGACCGCCAGUGCGGUCCUCCCACCGGCACCUUCUCCGGCUCCUCUAACAACUUGAUCAUGACCAUCCUAUUGGUUGUAAUUGGGAUCAUGCUUGUGCUCGUCUUAAUCCUCUGGAGGUGCUGCUGCCGACGUUCCCCAGGGGACGGGAGAGACCUGAGCGGGAAGUCCUGCAGCGUAAUGGACUACCUGUUGCGGCAGCUGACGAGGUACCGGAGGGGGGGCCUGGGGACACAGGACAACAUUCGCAACGAGCGGUUCUCCCGGGAUCAGCUGCUCCCCAGGGCGCCCGGUUUGGUGACUCCCAGCGCUCCGGGGCCAGAGGUGAUGGUGCCGAGGAGCUCACAUCCCGGUGUGAAACCCAGGAGGAAUCUGGUUCCGGUGCAAGGAAAAGACCCCGUUAUUCUUUUGAGACGCUCUUUUGACAUCUUUGCCCGAGACGUACCCUACAAGGACUGGAAGAGAUUCGGCCGAGCCCUUGACCUGCUGGAGAACGACAUUGCCCUCGCGGAGAUGAACGACAAGUAUUCGCUGGAGCCCUUCUUCCAGAUGCUCAACAUGUGGCAGAACAGACAAGGGAUGAACGCCUCCGUGAACACGCUGUUGGAGACCCUGCACCAGAUCAAUCUCGGAGGGAUUGCAGAGGACAUCUCCUCCAAGCUGGUCCAGCAGGGAUCUUUCCAAUACGAAGUGAGCUGAGGAGCAGGGCAGGCCCUGCCUCUCCCUACUUCAAGCUGAAGCUGUGAAUACCUCUAAGAACACUUGAGUUUUAUCUUUUUAUAGCUCUCCUGUGGCUCUUCUCUUUUUGAAGCCAUUGUACAGUUCAGCUGAGCCCGGAGGAUUUGAUCCUCUCAUGAAGUACAAACCUUGUGGUCCUCUCUGCUGAAGCUAUGGGCUUGACGUCGGUGCUUCCUCACGAAAUCCAAGCCAGUGCCUUGAUUUCACUGGGUCAAUGCAAAGAGCCUAAAACUAUUGCAAGCCGCCUCUGGGACUGUCUCGUUUGGAAGUGCUGGUACUAUACGGACAUCUUCAGGAUCAGCGCAGAGAAGGGCCUUUGCAGGUUGCAGGCAUCCCUGUGGUUUUUAACUGGAUCAUCCUUGUUUGGAGGGUUCCUGGCAUCAUGCAAUGGCUUCUGCUUGUAGAACAUCUCUAAGCUGGCCAGCAAGCUUAAUACUGUAUGCUCGAUGGGCAAGCAUUAACUGGGUUCUUGGGUAACUUUCUCAAAGCUGUUGAUGGAAUUGUAUUUUAGCUGAUAGUCAUUCUGCUUGCUGUUAGGAAUCAGUUUGAAACUGGACUUUGAGGGGAGGGUGGGAAUGAUUUACUUGCUCUGUGAUCACUGGGGUUGCCUAAGAAAAGGGUCAGUGCAGGGAGCGAGUGAGCUCCUCCUCGGAGCAGGAUGGCGUACAUGGGCAGCAAACCAUCGGUGUGCCAGAAACCUCCUUCUCCAUGACCUCGGUCAAGCUGGUUAGUUCCCAUUCCCUUGGCCGUGGGGUGGCUUUGCUGUCCCUGCCUGUCCCCAGCCAGUGAAUGCACUGAGGUCCGAGCCAGACCGUGGGUACCCGCCGUCCAUCCUCCAGCUGGAUGGGUUGCUCCUCAAACACUUUGCCCCUUGGUCCGGCUCUCACACCUAGCUCAGGGACAACUUGGCUGGAAAAACUACUGCAUUACUUGAGCUGACUACAUGUGCUGCCACCCCGGUACAGCCCAGCCCACCAGGACCCACCAGACUAGAUGAUCUGUACGGUCCCUUCCAACCCAAACUGGUCUGUGAUUCUGUGACCUUCCCCAGCGCGGUGGGAGAGUGCGAGGGGCAUCGCCAGCCCCUCACCGUGGCCAGGGCUGCCCUGUGCUGCAAAGCGCCCGUCCCUCCCGCUGCCACCCCUUCUCCCCCCUACUCACCACCAUUCAAAAAACACAAGCAGACAGUUUGUAUUUAUGUAUUUAUUUAGUAAUUGUAAACAUGUACAUAUAUUAACUUAAAAGCUAAUAUAAAAAUAGUGUUUUUUUACUAUGCAUGAUUGUGUGUUUUUAUACAGAGCGCUGGCCCAGCCAGUUUGCUAUUUCCAGUUUUUACAUGUCUCUUUAUGAAGGAAGAAUAAACUUUUAAAAAAUC